AUGACUAGUAACUGUUUUUUUAACGUUAGUUACAGGAUAAAGAUAAUGGAGUACGGGAUGAUUCAACGUCGCAGUAAGCGCCAACGAGGACUAGAUGCUAGCGUUGAACCACUUAAGUCUGGGAAGAAACGCACGUUAUUGAAUGCAAGUGUAGACGAAGAGCAAACACAACAUCAAGCAGAGCAUCAUACAGAAGAAGAGCAUCAAGAAGAAGAGAUUCAAGAAGAAGAGCUUCAAGGAGAAGAGCAGCCAGAAAGGGACUUCAGAAAAGAUAAAGAAAAAACUCCAGAAGCUGCAGAGGACGAACAUAACUCAAAGCCGAAGUCAAGGAGAGGAAGAGGACCAACCAGAUUGAGUAGAGUUGCUAAAAAUCCUGAGGAUAAGAUCGACAUUGAAUUUAACACUCUCGGUGAGCAUAUUGGAGAUGGCUCAGUGCUACUUUCAUCCUUUCUGGGUAUUCUUGUGAGAGAGCAUGUACCAGUGUUACUCGAAGACUGGAGGCAACUCGAUGAACUUACAAGAGACACAAUGUGGGAGGAAAUUCAGGCAAGGUUCAACUUGAAAGAACAAUGGCAAAAGGAUGCUAUUAUAAAACAAAUGGGUGGUCUCUUCAGGGCAUCAAAAUCACGGCUGGUGGCCAAUAUCCGUGCUAUAAGUAGCAGGGAAAAAAUUAUUAACUUAAAACCAAGCAAUAUUCCCUCUUUGGCAACUUGGCUAAAUUGGGUGAAGAGCAAGAAAGGAGAAGAUUUUAAGAAAACAAGUGCCCACUUCAGGGAAUUGCGUAGGAGUCAGAUCCCGCACACUACAGGACGCAGAGGAAUGGUUCGUCUAACUCAUAAAAUGAAGAAGCAGAGCAAGGAGCCUGAAAAGGUUACUAGAAGUAAGGUUUGGAUUGAAGCACACACACAUAAAGAUGGGAGACCCGCGAGACCAGAAUUUGAAGAAACCAUUGAAAAAAUCAAAACAAUUGAUAGUGAGCUCGACUCCACUGCUAGCACGAAUAUUAAAGAAGAUGCUGUGAGUAAAGUCUUAGGACAAGACAGACCAGGAAGAGUUAGAGGUCUAGGCCGAGGGAUUACUGCAUCAAAGUUAGCUAUAUUGGCAGCUAGAGACACACACGUCAUGAAGCUUGAGGCCAAACAAGCAGAACUAGUGGAUGUAGUUCGUGGCUUGCAGGAACAACUUCAUAACUUGACUGAAUCAAGGAGAGUUGAAGUUGGGUCUACCUCUGAAGUGAAUACUGAUGUUUACAAAGGGGGCCGUGGAUGUCAGAUUUUGGAUUGGUGUGUAGAGGAAGAGGUUGUUAUUGGGGAAGGAGAGUUUGUUUCAUCUGACGCAGCGUACAAGAUUGGACGCAUUCCAAUAGGUCCUAACACGGCUGCUAUUAUUGUCAAGUCAUAUGAGGAGCAAGAAGCAGGGCCACUAUGGAGGCCUUCAGUAACUGUCAGAACACUGAGGCAAGCUGUUGGACAAGUUAUCGCAUGGCCAGUAGAUAGGUUCAUAUUGGACAGUGAAAUGGACUCUCCAACUCAUAAGACUGCUGGUUCUGCGGUGACAAGUGAUGAUAAGAUAAACAUAUAUGAUUGGAAUUCAACUGGUGUAAUUGUUGCUGAGGGUCGUUUGUGUUCGACGGACCCAGAUGAUCUGGUAAACGACAUCCCACUAGGUCCAGGUGCUGCUAUUGUGAAGGUUGAUGUGGCAGUUGUUGAAGAUGCAUAUCAAUGGAGACCAGUUUCUGAUGAAAUGUUUCUGAUGAGUCAUGCAGUUAAGAUGAAAAUCUCAUGGCCUCAAAAUAAGAUUCAACAGAUUAGUCAGCAAGCCAUGAAGGAGACGAUAUCAAAGAAUAGCUCUCCCAAGGUAAUAUUCUAAAGCCUCUCAGUUUUAAAGCUUAAAUAAUUAAUUUCUGUGUUUAUUGCCAUUUGAUGAACUGUCUCUAAUUGUCAUUUCUAGAGUGUAAAUCACAGCUCUGAUAGCAGCAAAAGUGGUAAAAGAAAGUGCAUCCUCUUAGAUUGCAAAGGGUCUGGCAAUAAGGUGGCUGAAGGUAGAGUUUUUUCAACCGAUCCAGAAGCUAAAGUUCAUUUUGUCCCCUUGGGUCCCAAUGCAAGCAAGGUAUGGGUCGAUGUCGUUAAAAUUGGAGAAGCACCUGUUUGGAGAGGAAAUUCAGAGAUUCAGUUCAUUGAUGAUGCUUUAGGUGUUCCAAUAGCUUGGCCUAAUAAAUUUCUCAUUAUCUGUUGAAUUAGAGAAUGAACUUGUUGUUGGAUAUCUUUUUAUGAAUUAUGUAUGAUACUUUGGCUUUUAAUCUGAUAUUUUAGUAUUUUUAAUUUCGUUAAUUAAAUUGCACCAAUACUGUCCUGGUUCUCGUU